AUUUUUAUUAUCUAUUGCCAAAUUGCCAAAUAAUCAAAUAAUUUGAUAACAUAAAUGUGAAUGAUAAAGAUUAUAAAUCGAAUACGAAUAUACAAUAUAUUUACUCGUUCACCAAUUUACUCGUUUAUUAAAAAGUUUUCUAAAGUUAGAUAUAAAAAUGUUUAAACGGCUCAAAGGAUCUAUUGGGAAAAUCGACGAGUCAAAAACAUUAGAUUUUUUACCUCAAGUAAAGUGUUCACUAUUUUUAAAUUCAAAAUGUAUGGUUCAAUUUUUAAUAUUUUAAAAUUAAUUUUAGAAUCGUCCAAGUUGGAGUGGUUUUUCUACAGUAUCACCAGUAAAUCCAGAAAUGGAAGAUUCAAAAUUUUGUAUUGAUGAUGACAUUGAAGGUGAGCAAUACAACUUUAAAAAGUAGGUGUUUUCUUAAAAUUACAUUUUUCAGCUUAUGUUUCAUUUUUUUAGAAACACCUAAGAAUUCCCCUGCUCGUGUUACUGUUAGUGAAAGUACUACUGUUGAUCUUGGUAAAUUCAGUCAGUCUUCAUCAUCUUUAGUAAAUGAUCAUAUUUCAUUUUAUGUGAGUAGAGAUUUAUCUAAUAUUUAGAUUAUAGCCAUCUGGAAUUAAUAAUGCUUUAUUUUAGAAUGAUAUUGAAUCAGCCAGUGAAUUAGAUGAUAGUGUUAGUGUUGUAUCUGAGUAUGCAAAUGAAAUCACUAAAGAAAAUUUGUAUGCUGCAUAUAAAAAGCUUCAUGGCCGUUACCAUAAACAUAAAAUCAAGUACACUGACUUAGCCAAUAAAUUUAAACAAACAGUGAUGACACACGAUAAAGAUAAAGUAACUUCUAUUUAAAUUAAUUACUCUAUGUUUUAUUUAUAUUUUUUAUUUGUAUCUUUAGAUCACUAUGACAAAAGCUCAAGAUAAAUUACUCCAAAGAAUUACAGAACUAAAAGAACAGUGUAACCUAGAACAAGCUGCUAAAGCACACAUGGAAGAUGCGUUGAGGAAUGAUAUAGAAGAGAGAGAUCAUUUAAUAUCAACUUUAAAUACAAAAGUAAAAAUUACUAAUACAUUAUAACUAAAUUAAAGUGUGCAUUUUGAAAAUAAGAAAUUGAAGUAAGGUAAUUACACAAAGAUUUAACAUCAUGAAUAACAUGUACUAUUCAAUAUUUUUUUUUUUUUAAAGUUUAUUUAUUGAAAAUUUACAAUCUAUACAAUAAAUAGUACAUUAAGAUUAAGUAAAUGUGAUAAUGAAUGAAUAUAAAAAAUGAAGCAGUGAGAAAAAUACAAUGAAUAGGAGUUUCACAUUAGAAGCUUCUGAACAUGGAUUUAGUGAGAAAAAAUAAUAAACACCUUAAGUGUAAUGUAUAGUGAGAAGAUCUCUUGGCCAUCUAGGUUUCAAGCGUUUGGGUUGGUUAUUCGGAAUAGCAUUGUUAUGAAGUUGAGUGGUGUUCUAUAUUGGAGUGUAGGCGUAGGUAAUAUGUGAUAGCUUGAUAGCUGUUUGUUUUAUGGUGGGGAUUCAAAGGUCAUUUGUAGAGCAACAUUUUUGAACAGAUAGGUUGCAGUAGGGGUUUGUAGAAUAGUAGUUGGUUAGAGAUGUACAUAUCAAAUUUCAAGAGAGGCCUAAAUAUGUGUAGGCGGCUAUUUAGUUGCUUAUGUUUGGUUUUGAGGUGGGGGCCCCACGUGCGCCUUCUGUUGAAUAGUAGACCAAGGUAUUUAACUUUAUUUGUGUAAGGAAUAGUUACGUUCUCAAACCUUAUGUGAGGACAGUCACUGGGGCAGAGGGAGGAUGUGACAUGAGAAGAUUUGGAGUUGUUGAUCUUAAUUUUCCAUGAUUUGAACCAGUGGGAUAAGCUGUUCUGAUUGUUUUGAAGUAGGGCGUUUGCUUCGAGGGGGUCUUUACUCAAUGAAAGGAUUGCGGUGUCAUCAGCAUAGGUCUCUAUUAAGGUGUUAUCCAUUGUAGAAAUGUCAGCUGUGAACAGUGUGUACAGGAAAGGAACUAUAUCACUUCUUUGAGGGACCACAGCCAAAAUGAUAUAUGUGCUGGAAAAUGAGGUUUUUAGUUUAACUUUGAAUGUUCUGUUUUGUAGGUAUGAUUUUUUAAAGAUUUUUUUUGACCUUGAAUAAUAAGCCUUUGUGCCAGACAGUGUCGAAGGCCUGUGCCACAUCAAGAAAAAGCCCUGAGCAAUAUUUUUUUUAUUUAAAGAAAUUUAGUAAUGUGAUCCAUUACACAAUGGAGUUGGUGAAAAGCUGUAUGUUUGGCAGGAUUUAUUUAGUAGGAUGUGAGUCACUGCACAGAGCACAUUUGUAUUUGUCGGGUAGGUUUUGAUCUUUUUGGCAUUGUGAUGAGUCAUGGGGAUCACCACAGCGAAUGCAUCUGGGGUAAUAGUUGCAGUAAGUGCGCGUAUGACCAUACGAUUGACAGCAAAGACAUUGGGGGAUGUCCUUUCUGGGACAAGGGGCUUCAACUUUUAUUUUUGAGCAGCAUAAGAGGGUCAGUUUAAAUAUAUCUGGGUUGUUAUUAUCCGAUUCUAAGUUGAUGAUGAACAUAGGAAGAGGUAACUUAAAAUGUCUGUGAAGUACAUUCUUAAUAUUUCUUGGUUGGUAGCCUAGUAAGGUUGGUUCAUCUUUUAUGAAUGAUAUGUCCGUAGAAAGGUGGAGAUUUUUUAUCACAAUUUUGUAUGGUUUAGUUUCUUUAUUCUGGAAUGAGUGGAAGGCAACUUGGCUAUCUUUGAGAAAUUUGACAACAGAUCUGUAUGAGUUCAAAUUAAAAGUUUGCAGUUUUACUCCUUUAGUGGAGGGUUUGCAUACGAAACCACCGGGUUGCGUAGUUCCUUUAUUUUUGCAGUAAAAUUGUUAAAAUUUAAGUUGAAUUCUAUGAAUAUCGUUGGCGAAUUGAUGGUUUUGAGCAUGGUAGUCUUUCAUGAUUUCUCAACAUUGUCAGUGAUCAUUUUGAUGUCUUCAUUAGUAGGGGCUAGUGAUGAAAAGCAAUUUGAAGAGGUGUAGAUCCUAGUGUUUUUUUUUUUGGAAGUGGAGAUAUGGGAGUGUUUGGGCGAUCAGAGAGAGUUGUUUAUUUUUUUGGUAGUAUUAUUUUUGGCCAUAAUGAUGUAGAUAAGGUGUACAGGGAGUAAACCUUGAGAGUAUAAUAAAAAUAAAAAUAAAACAUUACUGGCGGUUUGCACCACAUUGACAAAGAUGCCGCAGCGAGCACAAAUGACUUAGCUGUUGGAAAAUGAUAAGCAAAGAACUUCAACAUUAUUUAAAAACUUAACAAUUUAUCAUAAAUAAAUAUUUGUAACACUAACAUUUUGUUUCAAAAUAUAUUUAUAAAAUUAUUGUCUUAGAUUUUGUAAAAACAAUUGUUUUUAGUUUAAAAAAAUUAAAUAAAAAGUAACAAUAGUACACAGUUCUAAAAAUGAUUACAAGAAAAAAUUUAUAAAUAUAGAACAGAACAAAAAUUCUUUCAGGUGUUAGAUUUUUGAAUUACAUCCUGUAUGUAAAAUACAAAACAAUACAGCAUACUUACUUGAUUAGUCUACAAGAUAUAUAAGUUAUAAUUAGUAUUAGAAAUUAAAAUUUACUAUGUCAAUUUUUAUUUUUAUUUAACAAGUACAUUUAAAUAUAAAAGUUCAUACAAAUUUUAAAUCUUAUUAACUGCAAUACUUUUAAAAUAAAAAUGUUCUAUUUAGCAUUUUAUUUUCAUUAAUAACAAAGUAGGAUAAAUAUUGAAGAAUCAAUUUUGUUUAUAGUGUGUAUAUAAUUAUAUUGAACCUUUAGAACAAUUCUACUGUCCUUAUAAGUAUUGUUCAAAAUAAAACAAUACUUUUUUUAAAAAUGACUCAAUGUACUUUUUUGAAUAUAAAAUGCUUAUUUUAAUUUUAAUUUUUUUAUAAUUUUGAUUUUUUUUUUGUUUAUAGAUCAAUUUAUUGAAAAAAAAUAGUUCUGAUGAAUGUGAAUCAGUUCCAUCUGAGAAUUUUGUUAAUUUAUUGGUAUACGAUUUUCUUUAUUUUGAAUUUUGUAAAAAUAUAAAACAUAUUGAUGAUGAUUAUGCAGGCUAAAUGUGAACAAUUGAAUGAAGAAUUAACUUCAACUAAGUCAGAUUGUGCAUCACUUGAAAAGCAAAUUGAAUUAUUAAAAAAGAGUGAAGAAAGUACUCUGUUAAGUUUAGCAGAAAAUAAAAUGGCCAUUCAUAAAGAACUUGAAACCAAAGAAGAUCAGAUAAAAAAAUUAGAAAAGGCAAUAAAUGGACUUCAAAUGGAAAAUAAAAUAUUACUAAAAGGUUGGUGUUCUAAUAAAUUUAUUUUAAAAUUAAUAAUAUUUAAGUUAAAUUUAAAUUUUUUUUUUUUUAUAACUUACUCAAAAUGUGUAUAAUUUGUACUAAUUUUAUUUUUUAGAAAAGGCUGGACAUUCAUCUACAAAUUCAUAUCAGGUAUUGCAAUUAAAUACAAUAUUAAAAUUACAUAUUAUGUUAUACAUAUGUUAAAUUAAUUUUAAUCAAAAACCAAGAACUCAUAAUAUCAAUUAUAUUUUAAUCUUAUGUAUGUGAUAUUUGUAUGCUUAUUAAUGAAUACUUUUCAUACAUUAAAAUAGUAAUCAAAGUUAUAUUGUCAAGUAUUUAUAGUUUUAAAUUAUGUAUAAGCAAUUAAUUGGACAUUUAUCAAAAAUUCAUAGAAAUAUAAAAUAAUUACGAUAACAGUUUAUAUUUGGCGGAUUAACUUAUGUUAAUAAAUUAAUUUUUAAAAAAAGCCACUUAUUUCAUAUUUUAGGUAGGCCAUUGUAGUAAAUGAGAAGUUUGGAAGGUAUAGGGUGUUGAAUAAUAGUUUUUAUAUGUUGAGAUUAACAAUAAUUCAUUAUAAAAAUAUUUUGAAUGGAGUAGUAUUAGUCGUGUUUUUCCCCUUGUAACUAAGGUAACAUAGUAAUUAUCAACAAAAAUAAAACCAAUAUAUCUGCAUUUGUUGUCAAUUUUUUAAUUUUCAAAUAAAGUAUCACCGGGGAAAAAGCCACAUCUUUUAAUGUACAAUGCAAAUAAAGCUAAAUAAAUGUUUUUUCUACAUUCAUUGAUUUUUAAAAUAUCACUGGUACCAAAAAUGUUUGUCCAUAAAGAUGUGCAAUAUUUACAUUAAUAAAUUUGAUUUUAGAAUGUAACAACUAUGAUUAUUCAUAUUUUAAUUGGUUAUUAGGUUAAUAUAAAUCAGAAUGUCCAAGAAAAAUUAACCGAGCAACUUAAUGAGCUAGAAGGAAAAAUGUCUUCAGCAUUUGAGUUUAAGGAAAAUGAAGUGAAAGAAUUGAAAAGCCAAUUAAAAGUUUUAGAAAAACGUUUUGAAUUACAGAAGCAAACAAAUGUUUCAACAGGAGAGAUCUUGAUAGCUAAAGAAAAAGAAGUAAACAAUCUUAAACUAGUUAUUUCAAGAUUAGAACAAAGUUUAAAUGAUGAUAAAGUUUCAAAUUCAAAGAAAAUUGAUACAUUUUUAAAAGAAGUUGGAGAAAAAUCACAAACAGUUAAACACUUAACAAAUCAAUUAAAAGAAAUGGAUAAACUUAGACAAGAUUAUGAAAAAAAUGAAAAUGAAGUAGUUAAUUUAAAAAAUCAAAUUUAUCAAACAAAAAAAUUAAUGAAGGACAGUGAAUUGGCUCGUGUGGAUGAACAAAAUAGGUGUAUUAAAGAAUUAAAGCAGAAAUCAGAAGAAAUUUCUAAUUUAAAAGAAGAAUUAAAAUUAUUACGAAUUUCCUUAAAAGAAAAUGAAGAAAAAAACACUGAUCUUCAAAUUCAUUUUGAUGAAAUUAAUCUAAAAAAUAAUAGGCUUGUAGAAUCUGUAGAAGAAUUAAAAUUAAAAAUAAUUGAUUAUAAAAAAUCAAAUGAAGAAUUAGAAGAUACUAUUAAAGUAGUACAAAAAGAAAAACAAAUGGUUACUGAAACUAUGAAAACUAAAAUGGAAGAAAAUCAGUUUGAAUAUGAUAAAUUAAACAAAUUAUAUAAGGAGAUGUUAAGUAAAUUAAAUCAAGAUAAAUUAAAUAAAAUUUCUGAAGAACGUAGUAUUGAUUCUGUAAUCAAAGAUUAUAACCUUCUUGCUGAAGAAAAUGCGUAUUUAAAAAAAGAACGACAAAAAAUGCUUCAAACAUUUCAAAAUACAAUAAAAAUAUUAAAAACUGAUUUUGAAUUUUUUAAAAAAUUUGUAAAAGAGCAAUUAGCUGAAUGGUCAUUUAUAUUUGUCAAACAUAUAAAACAAUUUAAAUCGGAAUAUUUAUUGCAAAUCAAACUGUAUCAUAAUAAUUUGAUAGUUACAAAAAAUAAGUUAGAAUCAAUUCAAAAGGCAUAUUUCAUAUUAAAAUCUGAUUGUGUUCAUAAUUUGGAGCAUUUUAAAACUGAAAUUAUUGAAAAUUAUGACAAAAAUAUAAUGAUUAAUUUAUCUGAAUAUUAUAAGGAGCUAGAAAAAAAGAACACUCAUAUAUCUCAACUAAAGGAGGAAAUUGAUUGUAAGUACUUUUAAUUUUUAACAAUACAAUAAACUGAAAUUUCUAUUAUUUUAUCAUUUAUGUUUAAGAUGAUAUUAUUAUUUCCAUCACAAAUAAAUUUUAAUACAGAAAAGUUAUUCUACAAGUCUAAUCUAUUAUGUUUUAUGCGAAAAUGUUUAUCUAAAACUCAUUAGAUCAAAAACAAAAAAAUAGUACAAUUAUUUCUUUAGCUCUAAAAAAAAUCAAUUAGUUCAAAAAUAAUUAUCAUGUCUAAGAAAAGAUAGACAGUAAAUUGAUCAAUAGUGGGUAUUGUUAUCACUAAAACUUAAUUAAUAAGAAUAAUAUCUAGACAUAUUGAGGAUGUGAAAAUAAAUUACUGUGUAAUGCUCAAUGUAUAACAAACUCAGACCGGGAAAAUUUAGGAUUAUUAUUUGUUAUUUAAGGUCAUAUUUAUACCUACCUAUUGGUACAAAAAUCGAAGCUAAGAUAAUUUAAUGUAUCAGGACAUAAAUUUAUGAAAUAUAACAAUUAUAAUAUUACAAUUUUUUUUUUCUGUGAAAAGCUUUUCUACUAACAAUUUCACUCCAACUUUUAAUGAUAAAAAUUUUUCUAAAAAGGAAUUUCACGGGGAAGGUACUUUAGAGAGGUGGUUUUUUUUUAUUUUCCUCAGAAUUUUCUUAACAAAUGUGAAAAACUAAGAAUAAACAUGAGAAAACCAGAAAAAACUUAGGAAAAUCAGGGAAAUCAGUACAGCGUUAAACAAAUAUUAUUAAAGAAAAUAUAUAGAGCCUAUUUAAUUAUUUCACUAUAAUAUAACAUAUAUUGUUGACAAAGCAUUACUAUCAAUUGAACUCGGCUCAGAAUUGUUUUUUCAUUAGCAAUGGUUUAUCGUUGCUUACAGAUAUACAUUAAAUUCCUAUCUUUAUCCUAUUUUCCGAACUUUCCACCUACACCAGUGGCUGCACCCAUCUCUAUUAUGUUACCUUUUUUUUAAUGUUACAUUAAUAAUAUUUUUGAUUUAGAUAACAGAAAAAGUGAACAACGAUUAGUGAAAGCAGAAGUGAGGGAAACUAUUCAAGAACUACAAGAUUGUAUAGAAAUACAAAAAAAUACAUUUACUGACCUUCAGAAUGAAUAUAUUAAUUAUCAAGUGGUAAGUAUGAAAAUCUAUAUUUAAAAUUAUUAUGUAGUUUUAAAUGAUUUCUAUUUCUUCUUUUGUAUUCAAUCCUGAGAUUGGUUUGUAGCAAUUAUCCAUUUUUCCCUAUUGCUUGUUUUCCUCUUAGUCUCUUCGUAAGAAUUAUACCCUUGGUCCUUUAUUAUUUGUUGCAUAUAUUCCAUUUGUGGUUUUCCCCUAGCAUUUUUACCUACUACACAGCCUUCUAUAAUUAAUCCUAGCAACCCUCCAUGUCUCAAUACAUGUCCUUUUCAUUCAUUUCUCCUUUUCUUGAUACUAUUCUAUAGCAUUUUUCUUUCAGACAUUCUUUCUAGUACUUCCUCGUUUGUUACCAUAUCUGUCCAACUUAUUUUGAGCAUUCUUUUGUAAUACCACUUCUCAAAAGCUUCUAUUCUUCUCUGCUCCUUUUUGGCAAUUCUCCACGCUUCACUGCCAUACAGCAUUAUAGUCCAUACUUUGUCUUCAGAAGAUUUAUCCUGGUGCAUAUACUUUUAUUUCUUAAAGUAAAAAAUAAUCUUUUUUUUUAUUAAAUGAUAUCUUAGCUUGGCAUAUUCUUUUUAUUAUUUCUAUUUUAAUUCUGCUAUCUUCGUUUUUCAUUUUAAUUUUCUUGUUCAUUUCAUUGAGCAGAGUUAUUCCAUAAAUCUCAGUAUCUUUUGCAAAUCCUCUUCGUUUCCAUUACUUCUUCAUUAUGUUCUAUUUCUUGUUCAGUGAGUUCUGGCCUCUAAUGUAGUUGUUCUAGAUACUCCUUCCAUAUGCUCUCUCUAUGUUUAUCCUCAUAAAUAAUUACUCCGUUGUUAUCUUCUUGAACCCCUAUUUGGCUUAUAAUCAUUAAAGAACUUUUUAGCUGAUUUAUAAGCUGCAUCUCUGCUACCAGUUCUCAUCUGUACUUCCAUAUCUUUGCAUUUUUCAUUUAAGUAUUUUUUCUUUGCUUCUUUUGACUUCCGUAUCACAAGAAUUCUUAGUUCCAUGUACUUCCACUUAUGUUCAAGCGUAGUCCCAUUUUUAUGCUUCCUUAUUUCUUCUAUCUUACUUACUGUUUUUAAUGUUAUUCAUUCUUUCUUGGGUACUGUAGCUUUAUUUCCUUUCAGAACCUUUGAUGCUGUUUCUGUCACUGUGUUCUUUAUAAUAGCCCAACUAUUAUUUAUGUCAUUUAAAUGAUUUAUAAUUUUUAAUUUCUUGUAUACUAUAAACAUAUUAUUAAGAUAUUGCUGUCUAAUUAAACUAACUUUUACUAUUUAUGAAAUAAUAGCAAGAAAUUUUAUUGAAAAUGAGAUACUAAAUAAUAUAUUAAUCGAAAGCAAAAAAACGUGUUUUAUGGUUAUUUUCUAAUUAAGAUGUAUUACAUGUAACAAAAUGUGUAUUUUAAAAAGAUCUUAGGAUAAAUUACUUGUUUUGCAAUAUUAAUUUGUAUAAAUCUUGUAUGUCAAAUAUUAUAAUUAUAUAUGCAUUUAAAUUAUAAAUGUUUAAGUUAAUAUUUAAAAUGUAAUACUUAAAAUAAUUAAUAUUACCAUGAAUUAUCUAUCUAAAUUUUCUUAGAAUGAAAAGGAAAAAUGGACAAAUAAGUUAAUACAAACUGAAAAUAAGUGGUUAGAGAAAAUGGAUAACUACAAAAAAGUGAUGGAUACAGAGCAUAGAGAAGAAGUAGAAGCUUUAACUAAUGAAUGGUCUAAUGAACGAAAAGUAAGUAUAAUCAUUUAAGUGUUUUAUUCUCUAUAUUUUCUCCUAUUUUUUUUCACAUGUAUAUUUAUUUUGAUUUUCUUUUUCGUUUUAUUUAUUUACAGCAAAAUACAAUUUUAGAGACUGCUGAAUGUAAAAAUGAAGAGGUUAUUUUUUUUUUUUUUUUUAAAUUUAAUUUGUUGACAUAUUAUAUAAAUAAUGUAUUAUAAUUAUUAAGAAAAAAAAAAUGUUUAUUUAUUAUACAACUUUUUAAUGUUAUUUUAUAUUAUUAGGCACUUGAAAAAAUAAUUCAAGAUGUUGAAACUACUUCACAACGAGAAGAAGCUUUGCAACGUCAAAUAAUUAAACUUACUAAAGAACUUGGUGAAUUAAAAAAAAUGUAUAGGUAUGUAAUUGACCAUAAACGAGGUAUGUUAUAAAAGAAACCAAAACAUUUUUUUACCUGAAUAUUAUUAAGAUUAUUCAAAUUGGUAAAGUUUGAUCAAAGCAUACUUAUUUUCCAUCUAUAUAGCCGUUUGCCUCAUAGUAUUUGAUAAAAGUGGGCCUGUUGGUUUAUCUUUGUGCUGAAUAAUUUAUUUAAGCCACAUAUUAUCGUACAAUUUUUUGAGAACAUUUUAACAACGUAAAUGUAACUGUGAUAUACAAAACGAUUCAACAGGAUUUAACUGCUUGUGGUACAUUCUGUAUUUAAAACCUUUUAGAAUUGGUCAGAAUUAAAAUGAUGAGAAGUGUUCUGGAACCUUGAUAGGCCUACUCCAUGCUAUGAAACUAACUAAUUUCAUCUAAUUGAGUUAACUAAAAACUAAUUUUUGUUGACAAUUGAUAAUAAUAUUACGAAAUCUUAACCAGAAAAAAUUAGGAGAAAAUUGACUUUUGGUAAUUUAACUCAGAAUUAUUCCACUAGUACCAUUCUACUCAUGCAUUGCUGUUAUUUCCACAUUUUCUUCUAAAAAUGCAUUAAGUGUUUUUACUUAGCCAUACUAUUCACCUCUUUAAAUUUUUUUUAUCCUCAUUGUUAAAUUAUUAAAAAUGUUUUACAGCAACCCUAAAAAUAAUUCCAGAAGUGUAUUCCAAAUCUAUAUUCAGCAGUGUUUAAGACGUUGAUUUAAGUUUAAACUGGGAAAGAAAAAUAUAGCUAAGGAUUAAAUGUACAAGUCUAAUAUACUGUAUUUUAUUAAGUAGUUUUAGAUUUUAGUGUAACGUUAAAAUAAUAUGUGUUUUUUUUGAAAAUGUUCUGAUUUUUUCAUGGUGUACCUUGUAAAGUGCAGAGUUUCUAUCUAAUAAUAUUUGGGACAUUUUUCUAGAUUUUCAACAAUUUUUUCUAAGAAAUUAAUUUUUAAUUUUUGUUGGUUUUUGGGCUAUAAGAUAAAAACAAAGCUAAUAAUAUGACUGGUAUACCUUACUAGUUUACUGAGCUUUACUCAGAAUUAUUUUUCAAUUGCAAUGGUUUAUUAUUGCUUUCAGUUUAUAAACUAUAUUACUGUACAUCUUAUAUUUUCCACCUACAUACACCAUACAGAUUUUUAAGUUAAGUUUUUUUUUUCAUUCUGUGUAAUGUUUAUUAUUAAUAAAAUAAAAACAAAAUUAUUAUUAUAUUUAUAUGUAGGGAAUUUUAUUUUAUAGAAAUGAAGUUCAUAAUAAACCUAGAAACAAUGAUAUAGAUGAUGAUAAUAACAAAGGUGGAUGUGAAAUGGAAUACUUAAGAAAUAUUUUAUAUGAAUAUAUGAUGGGAAAGCAACCUAUGGUAAGUCAUUAAAUUGUAUUGUUGAACAAAAUUACUUAAAGUUCAUUCUAAGAUGAACUCCAUAACCAUUCAAGUUCUUAUUUUCUGUUUAAUUGAAUAAUUUAGAAAAUAUUUUUGUUUUCAUCACAAAAUAUUUUUUGUUGAUAUAAGAAAACAAAUAACAAAUUGAAACUAAAUUUUCUAAUUUUUAAAUUAAUUAAUAAAAUUAGCGUGUGAAUUUUAAAAUAAAUAAAUGGAACAGUUUAUCAAAUUUAGUUUUCUUAUUCGUCUCUGUCAUAAAAUUAAUAAUUAUUUUUGUACAACAUAAGCUCUAACAAUAAUAUGUUUAUAAUUUUCAAUUUUAUGUUUUUGUUGUAAUUCAGUGAAAAAUAUUUGUAGAUUUGAAAUUUUGACAGAAACCUUAUAUUAGCCUUUUAGAGAAAUGGUAAAACAGGAGGUUCAUUAUAAGUUAUACUCAGUUGCCAAUAAGAAAAAAGUUGAGUUUAAUGUUAUAUAUUUUUUUUUCAUAUAAGAAUUUGAAUAUCAAAUUUUAAUAAAAAUCAUAAAUAUUAUUGUCUUUUAAACAUGUACAACCAAACUCUGCUCAAAAUCGUUUUUCGUUAGCAAAGAUUAUUCUUGCGUACAGAUUUACAUUAGAUUUCCUCUAUAUUCUACCUCCCCAACUUCUUACCUAUAACAGUGGCCUACCUAUCAUGUAAGGUAUGUCAGUCUUUUUAAUAUCUAUUUGUACAAAUCUAAUUAAAUACAUUAGAAAAAUCAAGUAUUUUGUAGAUAUUUUGAUAGGUGGUCAAAACAAACUGUAUCUUAUAUUAAGGUACUUUUUUUGAUUUAUCUUAUCCAUCUUCAAUGAUAACAUAAAAUAGUACUUUCAACAUAUAUUUUUUGAACAUUUAAAAACUGAUUUUUUUUAACACUUACUUCUGUCAUGUUAUGCAGGUUUUGGCAAAAGUGUUAGCUGCCAUAGUAAAGUUUGAUUCCAAUCAGUUGAACAGUAUACUCCAAAAAGAAGAACAGAAAGUUUCUUUAGUAAGUAUAUUUAAAUAAUAUUUUUAACAAAAAACUGAUUAAAUAUUUUGUAUUCAAGUUAAAAACCCUAGGCCUGUGAUAUUAAUUAUCCAGAAGAUGUAUGAAAGUACACACAUUAUAUUGUCAUCUCAACUAUUACACUUCACAUCUUCACUAUACUAUCAUCAUUCCUUACAUUUUUUUUUUUUCAUAAGCAAUUUUUAUUUUAGUGCAAUUAUUUUAUGGAUACAUUAUUUUGAUUUUAUAUAAUGUGUCCUGUUUUGUUACCAAAUUAGGUAAUUUUAUGUUAAUACUAUCAUGGUAUUUGUUAUAAUAUAUAAGCUAAUCUAAAU